AUGUAACCCAUUUAUAAUCAAACAUUUUCAACACCAAGAUAAUAAGUUUAAAUUUCACCAUAACAAUAAAUCAGCAAUAAUUACAAUUAAUUGAUGAUGUAAUAUUCUGAAUUAGAACAAGAAAUUUAUACUCAAAGAACAGAUAAUCAUGUUAAAUAUUAAUAAAUUGUAACCAAAAUUGACAACAUUUAUAAUGAAUUAACCUACAAUAUAAAUUAACUUCAAUAUUCAUCACGCUAAGAUUACUAAUAGUUGCUACAAGAAUUAAAAUCUCAAAGAGAACAAAAUAUUUAAAUGUUGUCAGCCAUUGCAUAAAGACAAUAAGCUAAUAAACAGUAAUAAUUUAAUGGAAAUAAAUAAAAUCAAUCUGAAAAUUAUUAUGAUUAUAUAGAUUAAUAAGAGUAGUAAAUUAUAGAAGAUCUAUAAACUUUAGAUAGCUACAAACAGUAGAAAUAUGACAAUUAUGAUCUAAUGCCAACCAACUCAAGAAUUCAAAUGAAUUAUUUGUCACCUACAGGUCAUCAAAGAAUCAGUUCUAAUUACAAUAGCAUUUAACAAUAGAAAUAACAUACACCUUUGUUAUCAACUCAUUAUUCAUAAAAUACACCAUAGGGGCAAUAUUUCAAUUAAUUAAGAUAAAAUUAUGGUAUCAUAGAAUUUUCUGAAAAUAAUAACUCUGAUUAACAACAAAAAAAUAAUAUAUAUAAAUCUUAAUAUGAUAAGGUAUAAUAAUAAGGCAGAUACUAAAUUAAUACAUAGGGAGAAUAUUUAAAUAAAAGUCCAAUUCUCAUUACUAAUGAAGAGUAUAUAGCUGAUUAAAGAAAUUCAUAUUAUCCAAUGAAUGUUAGUGCUUAACCAGAUAAUGAAUUGUCAAUGCAUUAAUAAAUUUAACCUUAAAAAUCUUCAUUAAAUCAAUUGGGAAUUAUUCCGAUGCAUAAACAUAAACCUAUUUUUGAAUAAUAAGUCACUAAUAAAUCAAGGAUAACCGAACCAAAUUAAGGUUAAAAUAUUAAAGAAAUUUCGAUAGAAAAAUAACCAAUUCUAAAUAAUGAUUUAGAAUAUUAAUUAUUUCAAUAAUAAUAAACACCAAGUAGAAGAUAAAAUUCUUAAUAAAGUCUUCCUUAGAAUUUUCAUUUAUAAUAACCUAGUUAGAUUCAUUAAAAAGAGAAAAUAUUUGAUUUAUCGAAUAUCAAUUUGAGUAGGGAUAAAUCAAUAAUAUAAUAAUAAUAAUAAUAAUAAUAAUAAUAAUAAUAAUAAUAAUAAUAAUAAUAAUAAUAAUAAUAAUAAUAAAUACUUAAUAUAUCAUAAUUUGAAUAUCAUGAUAUAAAUAAAAAUGAAUAAAUUCUUCCUGUUGAAGUUUAAAAUUUAAAUUAACUAAAUUAAUCAUAAUAAAGUUAUAUUAUGGAUUUGCAUGGUAAUUUAGGCUAUGAUUAAUUUUAUUAAUAUCUCUGUUAACAAUAUCCAAUAAAAAAUUAAUACCUUUAAAUAAACAAUAAACCUAAUCAUGGAGAUUAAAGAAUUUUAAGAUAAGAUUAAGAAGCCUUAGAUUUAAUGUAGUAUAUAUAUUGUACUAUGUGUGAUUAAUUCAUUUCAAUAAAGUAAGCAAAUAAUCAUCUAAAUUUCUGCAUAAAUAAUAAACAAAGUAAAUAACCACAGGACGAUAAAUAUUUAGACUUAUUUAUUUGUUGUACAGAUCCGAUGAAUUAAUAUAUUGAAACUAGAGACUAAAAAUAAAGAAGAUUAAUAAAUGAAUUGACAAAGAUUAAAUAUUUAAUUGAAGUAGCUCUAAAAUAAAAAGAGUAUACACCUGAGCAACAGAAAUAAAAAUAAUAUUGCUUGUUUGCUCUUGAAAUCUUAAAUUUAAUAAUAGAAAAUCCAAAAAAUCAAUCUAUGAAUUAACAAACUUAAGAUUUAGUAAGUGUUUAUUAGGUCUUAGAUUAAUAGUAAUAUAACUUUUAUAAAUAGAUUGUUUUUUUAUUACAAAAAGCUAAUAUAAGAAUUUCCUAAUUAAUUUAAUGA